UGGGGUUUUUUUAUGUAACAAACGAGCGUCUAUAGGUAAAGCCGGUGACGGUCCUCUACACUGUGAUGGACCGCGGCAGCUAUAGAAAUGAAUAGACACGUCAACAGAAGAAACCCUAAAUGUACGUAACAUUUUAGUUUUUUUCAUAUUUAGACGCUACAAUGUCACUCCAACCGCAAGUGGAGGACGCACAGGACGCGAGAAGCGCCUUCUUCAUCGGUGCCGCCUCGGACAACGUCUUGGAAGAGCAGGACCACCAUCAACUUAUACUGCAGAAAGCCAACGCUCUAGCGUCGGGAAACUGCCUGAAAGAAGCUAUCGACUUGUUUUCCGCGGCUAUGCGGUACGGCCCCGUGCAACCGGAACAACUAGGCACCUUGGUGGACUGCAUCCUCCGCAACUUUAAGAGAAAAGCGGCUGGGCCAGACCCGCUUUGGCGUCGCAGUCGGGACGCAGAGGAGAGCCGUAGGGAUGAUGUGUUUGACUGUCCCAACUGUCGUAGCUUUUUAGGUGAACCCGUGACUCUAGCCUGUGGACACUCGUAUUGUAAAAGGUGUUUGCAACGACAGCGGCUCUCCAAAUGCAAGCUGUGCAGCGGAACCGUCGGCGGCGAGGAGAAAGUGAGCGUAGUUAUGUGCGGACUUUUGGAGAAAUGGUUCCCCGACGAGCUGAAAAGGUCGAAAACGCUGUGCGAAGUGGACGAGCUCUGCAGAACAAGACGCUACCACGAAGCCGUGUCGUUAGCAACCGAUGCUAUUCAGUGUGAUCCAGAGUCGAUGGCCGUGGCCCGACUGUCCCGGGCGGAGGCGUACAUGGCUCUCAAACUGUACCGCCUGGCUUUGGAGGACACAGAGUUUAGUCCCUGGUCCAGCUGUUCUGCUGAGGCUUUGUUUAGGAAAGCUAUGGUGCUGCAUGAGAUGGGCCAAGUGGACGAGUCUCUCCAAGUCUUCCUCCACUGCCUGGCCGUAGACGAGGACUUCCCCGGUGCUAAGAGACAAGUGGAAAAGAUCCUGUGUGACUUGCUCUCCCCCGCCGAUGAGAACGUGAAGGUCGGCCUGAGGGAAACCACACAGAACACGUCACCUCACAUGCGUAAUAAAACCCUCGUGGCCGAAGCUCAACCACCGAGCCCGGUCCAAAGACAACACCAGGUCCGCGCCGCCUCGGGACACGACCAUCUGGAACGCCUUGAGAAACGGUGGGAAAGCCUGGAGCGGCCUGGUCUCAGCAGAGCUCGUUCCCUACGCGUCCACAGCUCCGGUUGUGGCGAUGAAGGGCUGAAGAGAGUUUGCUCCGCCCCUCAGCUGGGGGACGAGGACAAGGGGAGCCUGCUGAAGAGGAAGCUUUCGGUGUCGGACACAGAGCACUGUGUUGUCGACGGCGGAAGUAACAAGCUGAAAAAACAAGGUGUGGUGAAAGGCUCCAAGCAAAAGGCCGCCAAAGCUAAGACCUGCAGAAGUGUUCCUGAGGACCUGCUGGACCCCAACGACUUGGAGUGCUCUCUGUGCAUGAGGCUGUUCUAUGAGCCUGUGACGACACCAUGUGGCCACACCUUCUGUAAAAACUGUUUGGAGCGCUGCUUGGAUCACACGCCCCAGUGUCCCCUCUGCAAAGAGAGCCUGAAAGAGUAUCUAGCAUGUAGGAGCUACAUGGUGGCGACUGUCUUGGACAUGCUGAUCAAACAGUAUUUGAGUCCGGCGUAUGCAGAGAGGACUAAAGCGCACCUGGAGGAGACCAGAGACCUUUCUGAUCUGACAAAGAAUGUGCCUAUCUUUGUGUGUACCAUGGCCUACCCCACCGUGCCUUGCCCCCUGCAUGUCUUCGAACCACGUUACCGCCUCAUGAUUCGCCGCUGCAUGGACGCGGGCACGCGGCAGUUUGGGAUGUGUAUAAACGAUCCCAAGAAAGGGUUUGUAGAUUAUGGCUGCAUGCUGACCAUCAGGAGUGUCCAUUUCCUCCCUGACGGACGAUCAGUAGUGGACACCAUCGGAGGAAAACGCUUCCGGGUAGUGUCCCGAGGAAUGAAGGACGGCUACAGUAUUGCUAACAUCGAGCACUUGGGUGAUGCCAAGGUUGAGAGCAGUGAUGAGCUACAGAGACUACAAGAGCUGCAUGAUGCCGUGUAUGAGCAGGCCCGCGUCUGGUUCCAGAACCUCAAGUUCCACUUUCACAACCAGAUCCUGCAGCACUUUGGACCAAUGCCAGAACGAGAAGCUGACAUCCAGGCUACUCCUAAUGGUCCAGCGUGCUGCUGGUGGCUCCUGGCCGUUCUGCCUAUCGACCCGCGGUACCAGCUCUCUGUCCUCUCCAUGACCAGCCUCAGAGAGCGCCUGGUGAAGAUCCAGCACAUCCUCGCAUAUCUGCAGAGCAUCCCCAACAACUAGAGCUUCCCUUUCUCAUUACCACAAACAUCCUUCGGACUUAAAUGACACUCAAGACAACCCUGUACCAACAUCUCACCAAUGCCAUUUUAUCCUUCAACUCUUCUGUUUACAUCCACAAAAGACCGUUCUUCAUAAAAACAUAAAAGCAAAGUUGAAACAUCCUUAAACUGUGCAUCACUGAAACCAGAGAUGUGGCCAAACCACCUCAGGGAUACUUCCACUGAUGCACUUUUCUUUUCUUUUUUUGUGACUCUCAAAAAUGAUUAAAGAAAUAAGAGAAAUAUGACAGCAACUGUUCUCAUGCGCUAUCGUUCUUAAUGCUGUUCAUUUUCAUAAGAACAUCAUAACUGUGUUGAAACAAGACGAGCAGCUUUGAUAUUUAGUUGAUGCUGUUGAAUGUGAGGACAGAGUAGUUUAUCUCUCCUGCCUUGAAGGAUGGCACUUGCAGCGCUGAGGUGAAGAUGAUAGUUUGUGUUGAAUCAUCUCUCUUGAGAUCUUUUGAAAAGGUUUUUUUUUUUUUGUUUAGUUUUUUUGGCUGCUGGUUAAGGUUUAUGUUAAUAUGGAGGAGGGGUGAGGUGAUUCUGUGAAACUAAAUCCUAAAUGCUGAAAGUCCCAAAAAGUGAUCACAGAAUGUGUUUUAGAUGAACCAUUAACAAGAGAUUUGUGCAAAAACCAAGUGCAACUUAAGGCCGGCAUAUGUGUACCAAACAGUCCUGAAAGUGUUGAUCUAUAUCUUCCAAGCAUCGUGUUCUUUCUAACUCACUUCUCCCACAUGCUUACCGUUCACAACUUCCAUCGCUGCCUCUUAGUUGUGGCGAGGACUUUCUUGUUGAAAGAAUGAGACAAUCUGCGUUUCUUCCCAUCGUUUCCCACUUUGAGUUUCUUCCAAGAACGUCAUGCAAAGAUUAGCCACUUUAUCCCUCCUGACAUCAGGUCGUAGGGGGGGAACGCGCACAGCGCUGAAAUCUCAUCUUGAUUCUAAGCUUUUUAAACGCUUUUCUUCCUCUCGAAACUAACCUUUGGAGAUCCCCGUGAAGGGCGAGGAUUAAGUGUUGAAGGUUCUGUUCAUGUAUUAUUUGUCUCUCCUCUGAACCAGAAGAUUCAGCUCCCCGUUACAUCAACUUAUACCAAUUCAUUUAUAAGUAAGAAUACUAUUUGUAUAUUCUUCCCAUGUGUUUGUAUGACAAAUGUGAAGGGGGUCUUGCAAUAUUAUGACAACUCAAAACAAGACAAAAACAGUAUGUAUACAACUGAUAGGUGAGCAUUAUUCUUCCUUCACAGCUGAUCUUUGUCUACUUGGAGGACAGAGGACUCUACUUGCAGUGCUUCAGUCAGGACUGCAUUUGCCUUACACCAUUUUGCAUUGUGAUUUGAAUUACACAAUACGUUGGCUUUAUCACCAUUCCUUUUUGCCAUAGUGAAAAAAUAUGUUGUAAUUGUAUUUUUGUUCUUGAAGUUGGUUUAAGGCACCAUUUGUUCAUAAUGUUCAUGAAUACAUCUUAAAGAAACACAAUUCAAGUCAAGAUGUAAAUCAUCUGUAAAAACGCUCUUUGGACAGAUCUUGCUUUUUGGUCAGAUGUUUAAGUUAUCAAUUUUCAAUAAUAAAUGCACUUCAUUUUUCAA